CGAGCAGGCUGGCAGCUGCCGAGAUCUUCUCUGAGCGCUGGCGCCUCGCUCUCAGAAGCUCCGGAUCCCGGCACGCGAGGGCUGCUUUCUCAGCGACAGCAGCUCGGGCUGUGGAGGGAGGACUCGGGCUUGUCCUCCUCUACAUAUUGGCUUGACUCUGCCCUGACCCCCACCAGCGCGGCACAGUCUGGGAAUAAAAGCCGAAGUAUGGUGAAGCUGAACGGCAACCCUGGAGAGAAGGGGGCCAAGCCGCCUUCGGUGGAGGAUGGCUUCCAGACGGUGCCCCUCAUCACGCCCUUGGAGGUGAAUCAUUUACAGCUGGCUGCUCCCGAGAAGGUGAUCGUGAAGACAAGAACAGAGUACCAGCCGGAGCAGAGGAACAAAGGGAAGUUCCGGGUGCCGAAGAUCGCUGAAUUUACGGUCACCAUUCUUGUCAGCCUGGCCCUUGCUUUUCUCGCCUGCAUUGUGUUCCUGGUGGUUUACAAAGCCUUCACCUAUGACCACAGCUGUCCUGAGGGAUUUGUCUAUAAGCACAAGCGCUGUAUCCCGGCCUCGCUGGAUGCUUACUACUCAGCCCAGGACCCCAGCUCCAGGAGCCGCUUCUACACAGUCAUCAGCCACUACAGUGUGGCCAAGCAGAGCACUGCCCGGGCCAUCGGGCCGUGGUUGUCGGCAGCCGCCGUCAUCCACGAGCCCAAGCCGCCCAAGACCCAGGGCCAUUAGAGGCCCGCCUCAGCCGGGAUGGGGGUGGUGGGUGGAGAGGGGAACCCCCGACUGGCUAGGCAAAGCUGAAGCUACAAGACAACACUGUACUGCUGGGGUACGGGGUGGGGGCGGGGCAGGAUGGGGUCUGGGGAGAACCCCCUGAAAAUAUUGUGCACUGGAGUCGUCUGAAUCGAUCUUUCCUUUUGUCCUUUCGUAUUGUUCCUUCGUACCCAAGUCAGGCUCGUGUACAAAGGCAUGUUUCGUGUUGAUUGUUCCCAUGUAAGACACUUCCAAAGCCCCCGCUUAUUCUUUGUUAGGAUAAUUUAGAGACAGGAAGGGGAGCCAGAGAAAAUGAAUAAAAGGCACCUGAAACAGGCUCUGAAUGGAAGACACAGCAGGGCAGGAAAGAGCACAGCCUCUCUGGGCUUCUUAGACAAGGCACCGGUGGCUUCAGUGUGGGUGACUGAGUAUCCGUGUGGCAAAGGGUGGGCCGUUUGGUUUGCCUGUGGUCUGCAGGAGAGGAGCACAGCACAGCAGAGAAGGCUGAAUUGGAGAGAAAGGUGACGCUGGCGUUUCUAAACCAGGAAUGCCUAGAGUACCACUUAGUGGUGAGUUUGCAAGAGGAGCACAAAGCCACGGGGGAGGCAUCCAUGCUCCACCCAGGGCAGCUCACAGGGCAGCUGUUGUGAAUCGGCAAACACAGACGUGGGUAGAUGUUGUCUUUCUUUUAUUUUUCUAGGUGUAUCCCUAGACGCUGCCUGUGUUCUCAAGAUGGCAGGGGUGGAAAAGGAGAGAAAGGAAGAGGGGUGGCAAGGACACAGGCGGGUCGCCCCUGGGCCCAGCUAGAAGCUCAGGCACCCAGGUCUCACAUGUUCGCUCUUUCCCAACAUGCUCAUGACAGCAGCAGCGACCAUGGGAGCCUAGCCAGGAAAUCCAAGAGACAGCCAGGAGGAAAUCUGAAGACUGGGCCUGCAAUGGUGGCAGGUCAUUUCUAAAAGAAGCUGGAGAAGGUGGCUGUCUUCGGUUCACUUUGUUGUGUUGACAGAGGAUGUGCACCCAAACUCCCCAGCUGGGUUCCAGAAACACCGAUGGGGGUUGGGGGGAGCAGGAGAGGCAUGGCCAGCAUUCUUAGGCUUCCCAUUCCAGGGCACAGGGCAAGCUAGCAGGAGCCUCUUGCUUCUCAGGAGAAUUCCAGGAAGGCCCUUUUCCGCGGAGGUGCUGGCUCUAGGCCCAAGAGGACCAGAACUGGCCAGGAGACUUGUUCAUUUGACAUGUGUUUCUGUUUCCCAGUGCCUCUCCAACAGGCCAUGUAAGAGUGCUUUUUGUGGCUUGCUUUAUUGCUGAAAUCAUUUUACACAGCAGCUGGGUAACAGGAGUAGCGUAGCUCAAGCUAUCCUGCCAAACAUGCUCAUCUGAUUUGUCCUCCCUCCUCCCUCCUCCCUCCUCCCUCCCCCCACCCGUCCUCCCAUCACCUUGAGUCACCUGUAAAUUCAUUCGUCAUCUGAAGCAGAUCAACAAAUUGUCCCUAGCAAAACCACAGAGCGCUUUAUAAUUUUGUGGUGUAUUUUUGUCAGUAGGUAGCAGAGGCUGAAGUAUUUUUUGGUGUAAUUCUUGAGAUUUUCUGACAGGAAAAAAAAUAAACAUAGAUGUGUCUGAG